AAGUUGUCCGAUAAAUUCUGCUAUCGAGAGCCCUGAUUCUAUCAUGAAGUAAUGUUACUACAGCUUCCUUCGGAGCGAAGGCAGCUUCUCCGCAAUUCACAUUUUGUUGUUGUUUAUAAGCCCAGCUUUUUCGCUUUCUCUAGUUAGGUCAUUGAUUUUGUCGGUAUUUUUGCGCUGUGAUUGCUUAAAUACUGUGAUUUUGACAGUUAGCUUAACAGACAUUUGAAGUGCAAAAUUCAACUGUGAAUAUUUUUUGUAAUCGCAUGGUGAAGUUAUGGCGAAAUCUCCCAUUGAUAACAAAAUCCACGGCAAACAUUUAGCUCGGGAUACAUUUUAAUUAAGUAAUUUUGCCGUUUCUCUGUUUUGCACCGCCGUAAAUACCACAGUCAUCUCGCUGCGCUAUAUCUUGGGACAUGAAAGGACAUAUCCGAAAUCUCCACAGAAUUGUACCUACGCUAAAGUUCACUGAGAAAUGUGAGCUGAGAAUUUUCGCGCCCUUUGCCAUUAAAAACAUAAGAAAUUCACUCAAUUUUAGAGGUCAGUGAAUCUUUAGGUGAUGAUUUUAUUGUAAAAAUAGUUUUAGCCAUUCAAUUACACAUUUGCUACGAGAACAUAAUCUGUUGUCCCGUGUCAAGAGGUCGGGUUACUCGUUAUGGCCUUUCAUUUUCGCCAGAGGAAUCUUAAACUUGUUGUAUUUGGUGAAGACUCAUUCUACUUAUCUAUGAAGAAUUUUCAUACCUCAAUCGCGCCACGCGAAAUUGAAGUAAAGUCCGGAUUAUAGGCCGACGACUGACGCGGCUUAGGCAAAAAUGUUAAAGGUCGUUUUCCCACGCUUAACGCCAGACCGUAUCUAAUUUCUUGGCAUCUCUAUUUUCACUUUCCUUCCCCUCUUAAUCAGAUCUCAGAACCUGUGGUUGUUGUCAUGAGAGCCUUGCUGUUAAGAUUUUGAACUAUUCUUCUCAUUUUUCGUCCAAGUGACCCAGGAACCCACCAACUGUUUUACCCUCAUCGUACAUUCGAUCAAAGUGUUGUGUGAUGUGAUCGAGUUUAUUGGUUUUUUUUGUUCAUCGUUUUGCCGAUCUUAACAUUCUUCUAGCGAUAUUAAAAGCUCAGAGGGUUUCGGUACCUAGCGGCUUACAUCGUCUGAUAAACGCUGCAAUACUUUCAUCUCGUCAACAUCACAUUGCUCUUCGCUUCACAAAGCAAGACCUCGUGGUGUUUUAGUUUCAUUUACAUGUUGUUGACCUGUGAGAGCGAGGUGCAGAAUGUGUUACCGAACCGUCAAAUGCGCGGUUUAGAGGCUCAAAGAUGUCGUUCGUGAUCCACCAUCGGGAUGAGAUACGAAUUGCUCCGCAGUGUGACAGUUCAGACAAUGAGCAAGGAGGCUUUGGUAAGAAGAAGACUGUAGAAUGUAGAAAAAGAAAAGGAGGAUCCUUGACAGAUGUUCUUGGGGUAAAAGGUAGUUACAGUCCUCCAAAGCAAAUUCCCUGGUGUAUCGGGUUCAAAUCAACAAGAGCAUCAGAGAGUGAGAGUGAAUUAUCUGAAUCAUCCAGCACAGUUUAUUUUGUGAAAGGUUACGAGUCUGCUGUGACUGCAGUUGUGACUGACUCAGAGGAUGAUCUCUUUUUUCUGAAUGAAACUGUAGAGACUGUAGAAUACGAGCCUCCUGACUCUGAUGCUGAAGAACCUGAGGAAGAGGCAGAAGAUGAGGAUGAAAGUGAAACGGAUGAUAUAAUCAGCUCAGAAGAAGAAGAUCCUGGUGCUGAAGGAGGAGAUGAAUAUGAAGGAGAUAGGGAAUCUGAAUCAGAAUUUGAUGAAGAUGAUUUUUGGGCGUGUUCACAUUGUGACUUGAAAAACCAUCCAUUUUCUCCCCGAUGUGCUCGUUGCUGGAGAGAGAGACAAGCUUGGCUUCCUACAUUGAAAAGAUUGACCUCAGAAGCUAAUAUAGAUUUGUCAGGAUUAACAGACAAAUCAUGCUUACCUUCUCUCCAAAAAUCUUCCUCUCUUGCUGUUACACCAACUAUUGACCAUCCAUCUUCAACAGUAGCUUUAUCAACAGUUGCACCACUUCCUAAUUUUGCAUCCCAUAUUGAGGGUUCAUCUUCAUCGGUAAAGGAGAAUACUGAAAGACUUUCACAUGCUUCAAAUCAUGCUACAUCACAAGCUGAAAAUCCCAACAAGACUUUGCAACAGAACUAUAACAAUGAAAACUCAGCAACAGGAUUUACACCUGACUUGUGCAUAAUUUGCUUGAUGCAACCUCGAAAUGCAAGUAUUGUUCAUGGAAGAACUGGUCAUCUUGUGUGUUGCAUUGGAUGUGCAGAGAGACUUAAGGAAGAAAAGAAGAAAUGUCCAGUGUGCCGUAAGAAAAUCAAACUGGUGGUAAAAAAUUUUUUUUAGAUCAUUAACAUUCUUUUAUUAUGGUUGCCUUUCAAAUCUUCUAGCUUUACUCUCUCUUUCUCUUUCUCUUUCUCUUCCUCUCCCCCUCUCCCCCUCUCUCUCUCUCUCUCUCUCUCUCUCUCUCUCUCCUUGCCUUCUUCUCACCAAAAAUAAUGUUAGCAAGUGAAGAGAUGUAUUUCUGAAACAAUUGGAAAUUUGGGUGUGUGUGAUCUUUGCAAACAGGAAUUGUACACAGAAAUUCUCCAGAGAGACUACCUUUUUUUCCAACGUGUCUCUACCUCUAACAGUGUGGUGACCAAGUGGCUUGGUAAAUCUUUUCCAGAUAAAUGUGUCAUGCUGAGGUAGAAGAACGGUCAUCUGUGGUUGAUUUUUUGAUGUUGGACUUUUCAGGUGAUAAGUUUUUCUUUGAGGCCAAGGUAGCAGUCUUUUAAUGUUAUUCUAUUUUUAGAAUCAAGUAUAAGUUAAAAAAUUUUCCCUAUUAUUAAGUUAAAUUCUCAAUACUUUAUCAAUAACACAGUUCAGCCAUGCAUAUUUGAAAAUAUUAUUUUAAAUAUUCCAUAAAAUUAUGUUUUUAACAUUAAUGUAGUUUCCAUGAGUGGAACACAGUCCAUAAUGUUACUGUGUUUUCAGGAUUUGGGUUUAAUUGUGAAUUACCAGCUUAAAUUAAGCAGAAAUUCAUUAACUUCCUGAAAACGUUCAAGACGAGAAUCCCCGAUUUAAAAUACUUUUUUCUAUUCUUGACAAUAGCAUAUACUUAGAUGUACAAAUGAGUUAAAAUGCCUACUUUGGCGUUUCUAUAGAGAUUACAGCUAAUCAGUAGUGGUAGCGUUUUUAUAUCCAAGAAAUUUUAUUUAUUUACUUCUGAUAAAGGCAACUAGCUUUUAUAACAUUGCUACUUGCAUAAAAUGUAACCAAGAUUAUUUUCUAAGUAAUAGUUAUCUGAGAAAAAGUAUUUUUAACAAUAUAUUCUGCCUUUUUUAAUUCUUAAAAUCAGCGUGUUUUGAUUUAACUGUAGCCGCAUUUAAAAAAGAAACCUUUUUAGUUUUUAAAUUGUUGAUACAAUCAGAUGACAAAUGAAAACGAUUUGGAAAGUUUCAGUUAACAUUGUCAUACGAGGAAUGGUAUAUGAUCGAUAGAAAGUAUAGCUUUAAUCUUUAAUAAGUUUACUUCUAAGACAGCAAAAAAAAAAACUAUACUAGCUUGGGGAUUCAUAUCUUUUCUUUUUUUUCCUUUGUUAUUUACUACGUAAAAUUUCUCUCAAAAUUGUGAAUUGCUAGACAAUUCUUAUGUCUGUAAUUGUUGCACUUCUGACACCAUUGCACGAUGGGUUUUGGUCGAGUGUUUAUAACAGUUGUAACAACAAAAUCAUCGUUUUAACCACUGAGUUUUCAAUUUUUUAGUCAGAGUAGUGGAAGAUAUUUAGUCUUACGAUCUUUUAGGUGGUAAUUUGUUUUAUUUCUUUUCGCAGUCUUCAUGUUAACUCAGAGUCUCGUAUUAUAAGAAUGCCUUUGUAAGGUCAUCUCGUACACUGUAUUGUGACAAACUCAUACUCAGGACCUCUCGGUAUUUUUGCUUUUAUUAUCAAAAUACUUAGAGGACUGUUAAAUUAUCGUAACGUUUUUUUGUCCUAUUAUUCACGUAUUGAAAAGAUAGCGAUAUUAUUCAAUUAUUAACAUAAAUUGGUGUAAGAUAAAUUGAUCCAAGUAAAGACCUUUUAGUGUAAGAGAGAGUUUACUUAUUUCUUAUGAUGUCAACAUCGUAUAUUGGAGAUUUCAUACGUAAAAGUCCUAUUUAUUUCUUUACUGAAUGUCGUCUAGUAGUUUUGAAGAGUAAUUCUUUUUAAUUGUGUUAUUUGCAGAGAUAGAAAGCAUCUUAGUACAGUAUGAAAUACAAACUUAAUGCCUAAAGUGUGUCAAAUAUUUUAAUGAAGUAAGAUCACUGAACAAUAGAACUAGUAUAUUUUUUAGGCAAUAAAAGGUAUUUUUAUCUUAUUGGUUUGUAUAACACCAGCAAACUUCAACUGAGUGUUGUAAUUUAUAUGAACUUGUCAUGGCUGGUCAGUGUUACUGAUACAAGUGAAGUUAAUAUAUGGAAUCAUAGGUAUAAUAUUACUUAAAUGUUAGGUUUUAUUAGCGUAUUUCAUUUGAGCGUCACAAAUCGGGGCCAGAUUUUUCACCAAAGCCAGUCAUAACGCAAGAAAGAAACAAAAACCAAGGAGCCAAUGACAGCACAAAGUGGAAACAAGGUAACGUCUUGAAACGCGGGAAAACGCGACAGACCGAGUCACGAUUGGUUAAGGUUGAUUGGUCGAGAUAGUGGCGCGAUUUUUUCAAGACCAAUCACAGUGGGCGGUGAUGACGAUCAAUUGAAAGUGGUUCCAAUUUUUUAAACUAGUAUCAAAAUCUGUUACAUCCCAAAUACAAACAAACAUUUUCUUUUAAUUUGUUGCAUUGAGUUAUGAUGAAAAUCCUGAGAAUUUACUCAGGUCUGUGGAGGUAAUUCAAUAGUAUUCAAAACUAUUGACUCGUUUGAAGUAGUUAAACACAUCGAUAAGAACAAUUGCCAUAGAUCACACUCGAGUAGAAAAAAAUAGUUGUUAAAUUUUUUUUAUUAGUGUAUUCAUACAGUUUAGGAAAGUUGAAAGAAUUUGUUUUGAUUUGUCUUAUGGUGGUUUUUUUUUUUUUUUUUUUUUAAGAUUGUUCAUUUAUCUUAGAAUAGCCUGCAUGAAAGCAAUUAACUCCUUAAAGUAAUGAGAACUAAAAGGUCAAACCAUAGUUACACAAGACUGCUGAAACCAACGUGUGUUAUGUAGAUUAAGUCCCAAUAUGUGACCUUGGAACAAAUCUAACUUGACGUGCUGCGGAGACAUCCAGUGGUUAACUUUAAUGCCGUCAAUUUGUAAAAUAGGUUCACUAUCUUCUUUCAAUGACACAGCAGUUUGAAAAACAGCGAUUCAUUUUUCGACUAUAAAAAAUGACAAACACUGACUGUGCUUUGAAUGUUGCUAUUCUACGUUUCUGCUUUAUUAUUGAAUACCUUUUGUUUGUUUCUGUGGUCUAUUCUAGCUUUUUUAAUUGUGUAACUUUGUCGCAGUUCUCUUAAAGAGGAAGAAAACAACUAGAUAGAUAGCUACCAUUUAGCUGUGAAAAGAAUGUUUACAUUGUCAAAAGCAAGGAAUGGUCCCUUGCUUUUUUUUAAUGAAGUGAAUAAAAGUAAAGUAUGGUUUUGUCUCAA